AUGCCAAAGCUGACAGUAAAGCAGAAUAAAAAGCAGGCUCAGAAUGCACCUGAUGCUCGAGCAUUUGGUCCAUUGUUCAACAAAGAUCUUGGUCAGCACAUUCUGAAGAAUCCUUUAGUAGCGCAAGGCAUUGUCGACAAGGCAAACUUAGUCGGCUCAGAUACAGUUUUGGAAGUUGGUCCUGGUACUGGUAACUUGACAGUGCGGAUAUUGGCUCAAGCAAAGAAGGUUGUGGCUGUGGAAAUGGAUCCUCGACUUGCUGCAGAACUACAAAAGCGUGUGCAUGGAACAGAUGAUCAGCGGAGGCUCCACAUUAUGAUUGGCGAUUUCAUGAAAGUCGAACUGCCCUAUUUCGACGUUUGCAUCAGUAACACACCCUAUCAAAUAUCGUCACCACUUGUCUUUAAGCUGCUUGAACACCGACCCAUGUUCAGAUGCGCAAUUCUCAUGUUCCAGCGUGAAUUUGCUCUUCGACUCAUUGCAAAGCCGGGAGACGAACUCUACUGUCGAUUGUCAGUCAACGUACAACUAUACGCCAAAGUCGAUCACGUUAUGAAAGUAGGAAAGAACAACUUCCGACCACCGCCCCAAGUUGAAUCGUCCGUUGUACGUCUCGAACCCAAGAAUCCACCACCACCAGUAGAUCCCAAAGAGUUUGAUGGUUUGUUGCGCAUUGUUUUCACUCGUAAGCACAAAAUUAUGUCGGCAAAUUUCAAGCAGACGGGUAUCUUGCAAAUGCUGGAGCAGAAUUACAGAACAUACUGUUCCUCAAACGAUCUGAUGAUGGAAGAUGGUUUCGAUAUCAAAUCCACAAUCUUGGGUAUUUUGGAGUCAGUAGGCAUGGCCGACAGACGUGCCGCAAAAUGCGAUCUGGAUGACUUUUUAAAAUUAUUACUUGCAUUCAACCAUGCAAACAUUCACUUUUCUUAG